GACGAUGGUGUGAGACGGAAUUAAUGGACAGCGGCAAUUUUGAGCUCUCGAGAUAUCGUGAAAAAACAGUCUCUUCCGCGACUGUUGUCGUCCAAUUGCCGGUGCAAUCACGAGUGUGGGCGUGAGUGAACGUGAAAAGAGUGACUGGGUGCGCGGUGUGGCGUGACUUGAUGGGGAAAAGGCACCACAUCUGAUCACUGGGGCUUCCUUUUCCUCGCAUCCCAGCGAGCUGUGCACGCACACAGAGAGAGAACUGAGGGGUUCAAUGUCAUGUUCAUGAACGGCGAUUGUGUGUUAGUAUGGCAGUAGUGUGUGAGCGAAUGUGGCGCUCUCCGCCGUCAUGAAUUCCAAUCUAGAAUAAUGUCGAACACGGGAGUGUAAGUGCUGGCCUACAGACCUAAUUUUCACUGGGUUUUCAUUUUCACUGGCUCUCCGGGAGCGCUCCUUCGGCAUCCUGGCCAUGGUGCUCGUGUGUGACACGACAGUGCACGCGUGAGGGGUGGAUUUGGUUACAGAAAGCGAGACUGGCAUCUGCCCUGCAUCCUGUCGCCCCCAAAGUGUUGUGUCCUAGGAACUUGCCAAGUGUUUGACUCUGGAGGCCACGGCGAGGGGAAAGAUGCCCGACGAGGAGACUCCAACGGGAAGUACGGCCACGACGCGCAUUGCCACGAGUAGCAACUCCAGCGCUUCCGGGAGUGACUGCCUCCUCGAUGGUGGGGGUGUUUGUGAGAAAAGUGGAGUGAUUGUGGAGCUGCCGCUCAAUCAUGACCUCGAAGCGCCCGUGGACGAGUCCGGAUGCACCCUGAUGCCUGACCAGUCCUCCCAGCCGUCCCUGGACUCCCUGGACGUGGACAAGGCGGACGUGAUAGCCUUCGAGGAGGCUUCUGAAGCCGGCUAUUCUGACGGUGGUGCGGCCGGUGGAGCUGCUACCGGCACCACAACGAGUGGCGGAGCCCUGGGUGGGGCCUCGCAGCAAAGCUACAUCUCCCUGCUGCCGGGUGGCGGAAUGGUGCCGUGCGACCAGACGGAUCUCAAGGACCUGAUCGAGGAGCUGUGUCCAGUGUGCGGGGACAAAGUGUCCGGCUAUCACUAUGGUUUGCUCACGUGUGAAUCGUGCAAGGGCUUCUUCAAGAGGACUGUGCAGAACAAGAAAGUUUACACCUGUGUCGCUGAGCGACAGUGUCACAUCGACAAGACACAGAGGAAACGCUGUCCCUUCUGUCGCUUCCAGAAGUGUCUCGAGGUCGGGAUGAAGCUAGAGGCUGUUCGUGCUGAUCGGAUGCGAGGUGGUCGAAAUAAGUUCGGGCCAAUGUACAAGAGGGACCGUGCAAGGAAGUUACAGAUACUGCGACAGCGUCAACUCGCCCUGCAAGCUCUGCGCGGCCAAAUGGGCGCCUCAGAUGGCUCGCAAUCUCAAUUGUCUCCCACUGGCUACCAGCAGCCCUACACCAAUAUGCACAUAAAGCAGGAGAUCCAAAUUCCACAGGUAUCAUCGCUGACGUCCUCUCCGGACUCCUCGCCCAGUCCUAUCGCCAUAGCGCUAGGACAAGUGAACACCGGAGGAACCACCGUGAUGUCGAUUGGCGGGAACGUCGGGAGUGCAGGCGGCGGCGCAGGCGGGGGAGGUGGUGGCGGGGGUGGUGGAGGAAGCAAUGGACCCACAAACCCAUCGACAACAGCAAUAGCCACCAUACAGAACACAAUGACGGAUUCGAAGCUGUGGUAUGCCAACUCAACGACAGCCUCCCCGCAUUCACUGAGUCCCAAAGCCUUCAGUUUCGAUGCGAGCACCAAUCCCACAAGUACAGCCGAUUCCGGGAGCUUCGUGGAGACGCUCAGGGUAUCACCGAUGAUCCGUGAAUUUGUCCAGUCUGUCGAUGAUCGUGAGUGGCAGACGCAGCUAUUCUCCCUCCUGCAGAGUCAGUCGUACAAUCAGUGUGAAGUGGACCUGUUUGAGUUGAUGUGCAAAGUGCUAGACCAGAAUUUAUUUUCUCAGGUGGAUUGGGCAAGGAACACCAUUUUCUUCAAAGAUCUCAAGGUGGAUGAUCAGAUGAAGCUGCUGCAGCACUCGUGGUCAGACAUGCUCGUGCUGGAUCACUUACACCAGAGAAUACACAAUGGCCUGCCGGACGAGACGACGCUCCACAAUGGGCAGAAAUUUGAUCUGCUUGGCCUGGGGCUGCUAGGAGUUCCACAGUUGGCGGAUCACUUCAAUGAGUUGCAGAAUAAGCUACAAGAGCUCAAGUUUGACGUUGGCGACUACAUUUGCAUGAAGUUCCUGCUCCUUCUCAAUCCAGAAGUGCGUGGCAUCACUAACAGGAAGACCAUCCUUGAGGGUUAUGAGAAUGUGCAGGCGGCCCUGCUGGACUACACGCUCACCUGUUAUCCAUCGGUGACGGAGAAAUUUAGCAAGUUGCUCAGUAUUAUUCCGGAGAUCCACGCAAUGGCGGCGAGAGGCGAAGAGCACCUCUAUAUAAACAUUGCGCCGGCGGAGCGCCCACCCAGACACUUCUCAUGGAGAUGCUGCACGCCAAGAGGAAGUAGAGAGACAACGGAGAGAAUCUGUGCUGAGAGGGCGCGCUUUGAGCGAGAGAGAGAGAGAGAGGGAGAGAAAGCCACACAUCUUGUGCAAAAGUAUUAAGUUUAUUGACAGUUUAGCGUGGUUGAUGGAAUUACUUUUCCCACAAUCGAAAUCACUUUCCAUCACACAUACACACAUUGUUUUCUAGAAACACUCAUUUUAUUAUUACUUUUAAUCCUUCCUGUUAUAUUGAAAUUUUUACUUUAAGCCACCCGGUGGCUGGGCAGCUGAAUUAUUAUUGUUUUCUUAUAAUUGUCAAUACUGUGUGCUUGAUUCAUUUCAAAGGAGAGAAUUCUUUGGUUAAAUUUUUCAUCUUUCACUUUUACCCAGUGCACUGGGAAGCGUUGGUCUCCCAGUGCUCUUGUUGUCUUCAAUCAUCUGCAAAAAGAGAUCCACUCAAGGUAAAACUCAUACGUUACCAUUUCAUCUCAGAGAGUAACUUUUACUAAUAAUUUUAAUUUUAUUUUUUUUGUAAUAAAAUUAUUUGUAUGUUAACUUGAAAUUGCAAAAACACGUGUCAAGAUGGAAGGCAAAUUUUUUUUUGUGUAUGAAUUAAUGUUUUGUUAUACAAGUAUUGGAGAAUCAGUGCAAUAUUUCCCUGAUUUUAUCUUUUAAAUUCCUGGCUAAAUUGACGAUUUCUACAAAACAUGAAUAGGAGUAUAUGAAAGUCUCACUGGAAAUUACCAUAGAAGUCAAAUGGAGAGCUUUCACAAGCGCAUUUCCUGCUCAAGUAUAUCUCAAAUGCUUUCCGACGAGAGGAAGAGAGAGAGGGAGAAAGGAAGAAAAAGCGCUGAGGAUGGACAAAAAGAUGUCUUUAAGAAGCUUUCUGCACACUUUAAUCACCAUCACACUCAGUUGUUACCGUUUAAGAUAUUUAGAGGUGGAGCAAAUAGAUUCACAAACUCAGAAGAAUCCCUUAUGUUGAAGUUGCUACUAAUUGGGAAAUCAUCACUGCUCUCGGAUCUCAGUGUAAAUAAACUCAGAGCUACAACAUAGGCAAAGAGGAAACACAUAUUUUUGGGUAAAUUUACUUGAGGAGCUGAGUGGGAAGAGCGGGAGGAAAACUGCAACAACUUGCCUUAUUGCAAAAGAAAAAAAAUACAACUUUAAGAGAAUAAACACUCCAAAUGGUCAAAAAGUACAAAAUGUUACUAGAGAGAGAUUUAUAGUAAUUAUUUUUGUAAAUAGAAUGGCAAUAGGACGUAGUUAAACGGUGUACAGAAAUUAGAGAGACGAUGGGAUAGUCAUUGGGUGAGCAAGAGAGGUGCAGUGAUGAUGUUUUCAAUUAGGAGUGGCCACUGAGGCAUCACCUGUUUUGUGUGUGAACAAAAAAUUGUAGCAAAGAAAAUCAACUAGAUAUGAUAUUAAAAAAAAAAAACAA